AAUAAGUGGUUAUGAACCAUUACCUAUCACGACAACAACUAAAGGCGAAGAAAGAGUAUUUUGUAUAGAACCAAAUAGAGACCCGCUACAACAUUUUGUACUAUUGCCUAUCGGUAAGACAGGAGCAGGCAAAUCUAGUUUAUUGAACACGAUAUUUAAUGAUGAUCUUUUCAAGGCAAAGGCUGGUGCAAGGGAUUAGUGAACGUACAGGUAUUUGGGCUAUUGAUGAUGACGUGAAAAAGAUCAUUACUGCUGCUGAUACACCAGGGUUGGGUGACUCGAUGCAUAGAGAUCAGCAAUUUCAAGCGGCCUUUCGAGACUAUAUUCAGGAUGUAGGUCAUCGAUUAGGCAUUGAUGCAUUUUUAUUGGUAUUUCAAUAUGAUUCACCUUUGAAUAGUGUAAUGAGCAUAUUGGAAGGCUUUCACAAGCUAAUGGACGUAUUUGAGCCCAAGAACUGGUGGAAUCAUGUCAUCUUGGUAUUUACUCGCGUAGAUUAUUAUCCCAAUCUUAAAUUUCCGCCUACUGUUUUACAUAAAAAGCAGAGUAUAUCUGAAGUCUUGAUUCCCAGCAUACAAAAGAAAUAUAGUCUCGAUCAACCACCAAAGUAUGCCUUUAUGAGUUCCAAACCACGUCAAUGCUCCCAUGCUAAAAAGGGAAUGUGUGAUUGCUCUGCGAUCUUAAAGUAUCAUACAGAUCAGAUGAAGACACUCAAAUCGAGAAUAAGUGCAGUCCUCGUAGAGAAUGAAGGGGAGCGAUGGAGGCCAUUGUGUGAUGUAUAAAUUAUUUAUUAUAAUACUUUUCUCAUGGAAUGGAAUAAAAUGGGAACAAUAAAUACAGCAAUAAAGCCAAUACCUGAAUAAACAAUUAAUUUAGUAACAAUGUCCACGUCGUAUCUUAAUGGAGCGUCUUCAACAAUCAAUAACGAGGUAGGAUCAAACAUGGCUUCUUUCUCCAGGUUUCGUCCUCCACGAUA